CUAAUAUCGCGCAAAUAUCGCUCCUUCUACAAGACAAUUUUUUCCUUAGAUCGUACCAUGUGUCAUCCACUCUCCGAGCCCUCUUCAAACUUUCUCCAGACUUCUUGUCCCGCCGGCGGCCAACUGAAGCAGCAAAGAGAAGUGGACAACGCUGAAGUGAUCAAAGACUCUGAAUGA